UCUGCUUCUUUUCUAUUAGAAGUAGAGGAGAACAAAAGAUGACAGAAGAGAAAGAGAUGUAUGAGCUGACGGACGCGGAUGUGCUGGAGGCCACUGCACAGAUUGAGCAGACCUCAGCCCGAGCUGUUCUUGAGAGAAUACCGAGACUCCAAGGCCUCUACGCCGAACCUGAAGAGUACCUCCAAAACACCUCCGGGAUAGUCAAGAUAAACACAAAAGCACUGAGCAGCGGGUCUUCUUCGAAAGUCGAACUGCGCAGUGUUGUGGAUUACUCCAAGAUCAAGAAAGAUGCAAAGAUGGCCAAGGAAGACACCGCGGGCGAGAAAUGGUUCGACAUGCCGAAAACCGAGAUGACCCCCCAGAUCAAGCGGGACCUGCAACUGCUCAAGCUCCGUCACGUUCUCGACCCGAAGCGCCACUACCGUCGACCAGACGACAAGGCCGAGAUGAAGUACUUCCAGCCCGGGACGAUCGUCGAGGGGCCGACAGAGUUCUUUAGCGCGAGGCUGACGAAGAAGGAGAGGAAGCAGACGCUGGCGGAUGAGAUUAUGGCGGAUGAGCGGGCAAAGACGUAUUUCAAGAAUAAGUAUGAGGAGAUUCAAAAGGCAAAGACGUCGGGUGGAAAGAGGCAUUAUAAGAAGGUCUUGAAGAAGCGCCGUUGACCUUUACUAGUCCUCUGCUGGAAGAGGCAUCUGUGUAUAUACAACUGUUUGUUUUUGGAGUAUGGUGAGGGCAGGAGUUCAGGAUCAUAUCAUAAUACUAUCAUUUAUCAUUACAUAC